ACAAAAUUAAUGAAUUAAUAGAGCUGGCCAUUCAGUCAUACUUUCUCCUUAAUUCGAUUCCUUUCUCUAACGAAAAAAAUGGCAGAGCUCCUUCUUUCUGCAUUCCUUCAAGUGUUGUUUGACCGACUGGCGUCUCCUGAGUUGCUGAAAUUUGCUCGCCGAGAGGGACUUCGAAAACAGCUGGACAAGUGGGGCGAAACCAUGGAAAGAAUUCGAGAGGUGCUUGAUGAUGCAGAGGAGAAGCAACAGACUAAAAGGACAGUAAAAGCUUGGCUUGAUGAUCUCAGAGACUUGGCCUACGACGUGGAAGAUAUACUGGAUGAGGUCGCCACGGAAGCAGCUUUGCGACGCACGUUGAUGGCCGGUGAAAGUAAGGCUAGCACUAGUAUGGUACGAAAUCUCGUCCCUGCUUGUUGUACUACUUUAACUCCAAGUACUGUUAAGAUCAAGUUUAGGCUAGGGUCAAAGAUAAAGAAAAUAAAUGCUAGAUUUAAUGAUCUUGUGACACAAAAAGAUCAGCUUAAUUUGAAGGAAAAUGCUAGUCCGAGGCCAAACAAAAGAAGAGAGAGACCUCCCUCAACUUCCGUGGUGACUGAAGGUCACAUAUAUGGUAGGGAGGAAGUUAGAGGGGCUGUACUUCAAUUAUUAGUCAGUGAAAAACAUAGUGAUGCUUCGAAUAAAGUACCCAAGGUGAUUCCAAUCGUUGGCAUGGGGGGUAUAGGAAAGACAACACUGGCCCAGCUGGUAUACAAUGAUAAAAAAGUGGAAAGCUUUUUCGAUAUGAAAGCAUGGGCUUGUGUUUCCGAAGAUUUUGAUGUUGCUGCAGUUACAAAAACAAUUUUACAAACUUUGACGUCGGAAAACUGUGAUGGCAAAGAUCUAAAUUGGUUGCAAGUUAAAUUGAAGGAGAAACUACUUGGGAAAAGGUUUCUGGUAAUUCUUGAUGAUGUUUGGAAUGAGAACUAUAAUGAUUGGACUCUCCUACGUGCUCCUUUCGAAGUAGGGGCUCCAAAAAGUAGUAUUGUCAUCACAACUCGUAACCAGAAAGUCUCGUCACUGAUGCGAACCAAGGAAGUUGAACCUUUUCAGUUGGAGGAGUUGUCCAAUGAAGCUUGUUUGUCCGUAUUUACCCAACAUGCAUUGGAUGCAAGAGACUUCAGUGCGCAUCGAGACCUUAAAGAUAUUGGUGAGGAGAUUGUUAGUAGGUGUAAAGGCUUGCCAUUGGCAGUAAAAACUAUUGGAGGAGUCUUACGCAGUAAACAUGAAGACCGCAAUGAGUGGGAAAAAGUUUUGAAGAAUAAGAUAUGGGAUAUUCCAGUGGAAGAAAGUGGAAUUCCUACCUCUCUUAUGGUAAGCUAUGACAAUCUCCCUUCACAUUUAAAGAUGUGUUUUGCAUAUUGCUCAAUACUACCAAAGGACUACGAAUUUGAGGAGAAUGAGGUGGUUUUGUUAUGGAUGGCAGAAGGUUUGAUUCAACCACGACAAGAUGAAGAGGAAAUGGAAGAUUUGGGUAGCAAGUAUUUUCACAAUCUAUUGUCAAGAUCAUUUUUCUAACAAUC